AUGGUCUAUCAAGGAAAGCCUAGUGCCGGCUGCCAGAAUUGCAGAAAGCGGAAGAUCAAGUGCGAUGAAGCGGUCCCGGCCUGCUCUCAGUGCAUCAACACCAAAAGGCAAUGCCCUGGCUACCUUGCCCGUUUCGACCUCGUGUUACGUGACCAGACCAAAGCAGUCCGGCGGAAGGCCCAACGCAAGAAGCAGCAACAAGAUGAAGGGCCAAAGCCUCCCUCACCACCUCAGUCUGCAUCUUCAGAGGAUCCCGCGUCAACGACGUGGGCCAUUGUCAAUCCCGGGGGGGACCCGUCCCGCGCUGUUGCCAAACGUUACUCACCAAAUGAACCGGUCCCAAGGAUGUUCAACGAUUUCCCGGAGCAACAAGCCAUCUGUGCCUUCUUCCUCGAUUUCGUCCUUCUGCCUCGCCAUCCGGACAGUAUAGAAGGCCAUCUCGAGCACUUACUACCUCUGUACACUACCACUAGUGCUGACUCGCCUUUAUCCUUAGCUACUUCAUCAGUGGCUUUGAUGAUCUCCGGAGGUUCGCCGACCAGACGCAAUGACCAGCAACUUGGUCGAACCAUCUUUGGGAAAGCGUUGCGGAAGACGAGUGCGGCCAUUCGAAAUCCGGAAGAGUCGAGGAAGGAUGAGACGUUGAUGGCGGUUCUUCUCCUGGGCUUGUUCGAGAAAAUCGCUGCUACUGCUACGGCUAAAACUCCUUCAGACGCCGAGAAGUCCAGUAUGGUUUCAACGCACAAUGCCGGAGCAGCAGCUCUGGUGAUGCAUCGAGGUCAGGAGAAUUGCAAGUCGUCGCUGUCUGUAGGCUUGCUUUUCUCUGUCCGCUCUCAGCUUGUUGAGCAUGCCAUCGAAGAAGGCACCUCCUUCAAGAGAUGCCCUGAUGCCUUAAGUGCAAUGUUCAAGUCACUCCCUCAAAAUGCCGCCGCCCGCCUUACCUCCGCCACAAUCAACAUCGCCGAUCUCCGCUCGUGCGCCAGAUCCGCCCUCCUCCUCCCAAGGAGCUCCGACUCCGACAAAGAAGUCAACGAUCUACUCGAAUACGCCAUAUCCGUGGACCUCCUCGUGGCGGCUUGGCCCGAAAGCCUGCCCGAAGGAUGGAAGUGGACCUCAGCCGAUCACUUCGACCUCCCACCAGCCUCCGUCUCCCGCGAUGCCUACAUCUACAAAGACCGUAAGGACAUCUACCUCGACCUCUGGGUCGAAUCCAUUUGGAACGCCUACCGCUCCGCUCGCGUGAAAGUGCAGACGAUCAUUCUCGACUGCAUCGCCUGGUUCGACAAGCCUUUCGAGCACCAAUGGUACUGGCGCGCUGUAUACGCUAGGAUGAUGACGCAAGAAAUGAUUGACGACAUGUGCGCUUCGGUGCCCUACGCUCUCGGCACAAAGACAUUCGGCAGCCCAGGCGACAGAGAAGGAAUCGAGUACCCCUACAACGGCACGCAAAAGGCAUGUGAGGACCACCGCCGUGCCGCCGCCGCCCUUGGUGGCUGGCAUCUUCUCGAACCCAUGAAGACGUCGCUCAAGACCAGGACGGAAUGUUUGCGCGAAGGGCAGAGAGAGUGGGUAAAGUCGCAAAUGGCGCGAAUCUGGCGCAUCUAUUCACUCCAGACAGCGGAGGGGAAUGCAAACCCGAUGUAUGAGCGCUACUCUUUCGAUUCCCCCCUCUAG